CACAAUUCUGAAGCGCCCUCACUAUUCGUUUAGGAAGUAGAGCUAAAGUACCGCUGAUCUAAUAAUAUAUAUAUAUAUUUUAGCAGAAUGAACGAUCGAGAGCUUGACCUUACUGAGGCUCAAAAGGCAACAAAAGCCAAGUAUCCAGCUAUCAACAAGAAAUAUGAAUAUCUGGAUCACACUGCAGAUGUCCAGCUGCACUCUUGGGGUGACUCAAUGGAGGAAGCAUUCGAGCAGAGUGCCAUGGCCAUGUUUGGCUAUAUGACGGAUACGGAGACGGUAGAACCCAUCGAUACCAUAGAAGUCGAAUCGGAAGGUGAAGACAUGGAAUCGCUUCUCUUUCAUUUUUUAGAUGACUGGCUCUUCAAGUUCAGCGCUGACAUGUUUUUCAUCCCUCGGGAGGUGAAAGUUCUACACUUGGAUCGGAUGCGCUUCAGAAUUCGUUCCAUAGGUUGGGGAGAGGAGUUCAACCUGUCCAAACACCCCCAGGGUACAGAAGUGAAAGCUAUUACCUAUUCGGCGAUGCAGAUACAUGACAAAGAGAAGCCAGAGGUUUUUGUCAUCAUCGACAUAUGAGAAACUCAAAAGUAGUUUCUGUUUUGCUGUGUUAACUGCUGUAAAAAAAAUGAUGUGAAUAACACAGCUUCUGUCUUUUUCGUAAGUCUCCAGAGGGUGUGUGUGUGAUUAUAAGGGGCAGUGGUGGCACAAGUGGUUAAGUCUGGGUUGUUGAUCAGUUGAUCAGAGGAUCUGGGGUUCCAGCCCCAGCACUGCAAAGCUGCCACUGUUGGGCCCUUGAGCAAAGCCCUUAACCCUCUCUGCUCCAGGGGUGCUAUAUCAUGACUGACCCUGUGCUCUGACCCCAACCUCCAAAGUUGGGAUGUGUGAAGAAAGACCAAAACAAGGACAAACAUGCCCCAGCUACUGUGUAAUACAGAUGGUUUAACCGAAUGUUGAAAGUCUACAACUUUUUUUGUGUUUUGCAGAUUUUAAUAAAGUUAAAUUAUUGUUUCAACAAAAUAUUCACAUCGAAAUGUAACUGUAGAUCAUUGUUCAACAAGCAGUGCUGCUCACUACGGAGAACAAUACCACUACUAUACUGAAUGUUUAUUGGUCAAGAACAUUUUAAUAAAUGGAGCUAAAAUUAAAA